AUGUUGCGGCAUCCAGGCCCCGGGAAAAAGAAGGUGUACAGCAUUGUACUCUCUGGUGGCUAUGAAGAUGAUGAAGAUAAUGGAGACUCCUUCACCUACACUGGCUCAGGCGGCAGGGACCUCUCUGUAUCCAGAUGGUUACUUAGAAGCACAAAAAAGGGGAAAGAAGAUAGAGCUGCUAAUGAAGACAGUGAGAUAGAAAAUGAAGAAGAUGGAAAAGGGAAGGGUAAAUCAAGUAAGAGAAAAAAUAACCAAAAUUCAUUUAAUGAGGGAAUUGGAUAUUCUGAACCAAAGAAAAGGAAGAGUGUUGUUCAUAUUCUUGAAAAGGAAGUGGAGCACCUAAUCAAAAAGGAUGAAAGGAACAGCAAGCUUUGGAAAGAAUGUAAAACUUUGCUUAUAGAAGGUCGAACACAAUUCUUGAAUGGUGUGGAGGAAAGGUUCUUGUGUGUGUGCUGUCAAGAGCUAGUUAUCAAGCCAGUCACUACUGACUGCAAGCACAAUGUGUGCCAACCUUGCUUGCAGCGUUCUUUCAAAGCUGAUGUGUUCACGUGUCCAGCCUGCAGAUAUGACUUAGGCAAAGACUAUCCUAUGGACAUCAACAAACCACUUAGCAAAUGUCUUGUAGCACUUUUUCCUGGCUAUGAUGCAGCACGUUAGAUUUUUGCAGAGGUACCCUUUACCUUCUCUCAGUUUUACUGAAGGAAUAUGGUGUAAUCAAGAAGGUUAUUAUUCUUGAUAAUAAUACUGUACAGAAAUUGGUUUCUUAAACUUAUAACUAUGUAUAUGGUUAUAUUCUCUGCAUCCCCUUCUCACCAUAUACUUGCCUAACAGUUUGUAGGGGAGAAGAGGCAAUCAGUUUCUAACUCCUGGACCAGUGGUUGUGCCAAGGGGAAGGUUAUGGGACUUCAGCCUCCCCUAAACCCGAAAAUAAAAAUAGUAAUAAUGCUGUUUCAAAGCAAGUCUCCUAGUCCCCCUACCAUUGAGGUAGCCACUCAUAACCCUCCCAAUUCAGUAAUUCUGGCACUGCCCCAGUCUUGGACCAUACCUCAUUACCAUCAACCUACCAUAUGAUGUGUUCCAUGAAUUCAUGAAUGUAAUUUGUCUACCUAACAAGGGAAAAAUAAAAUGAGUGACCAGCUCGUACAUAGAAAGGGAAAUAAUACAUAUUUUUUUAUGUUAGUGCUUUAUUUCAUGGUUACAGCCAGGACCAUACACUCGUACACUAAAAAUAUUACUGGUUAACAGUCUCAAAUAGUAAAAUUUAUCAUGAAAUUUGAGGCUAAUACAAAAUUUUCUCAUCUGUAAGGUGAGUAAUGGUAACCUAUAUGUUAAGAGGACAAAAUGUACAUGCAAAUUAUUUAAUAUUUUGUUUAGUUAACAUUUUAAUGAAUUUUUUACUGUACUAGUGUUAAUGAAUUUUCCUGGUAUCCUGUAUAAGUGUAUUUAGUAAUUGAUAUUAUAGCAUGUUAACCUGCCUUGGUGGGAAACCCAGUCAAAAUUUAUUUAGUUAUAAUCAUUACGAUUUAAGCAUCGAUAAUAAUAGCUCAGUCAGUACUGAUUUUGAGAGUGCUAAAUUCUUAGAAAUUAUAGUCUGAGUAUUUAUAAACAUGUUGCAUAUUUUUAAUGCCGUUAACUUUACAAAAAAUUUACUUGCAAGGCAGUAGUAAUGUCUGUAUUGAUUGUUUUUUAUGUUUUAUUGUAUUUUUUAAAUUUUAAUGAAACCUAGAAGUAAGUUACUUUAUUUUAUUGUGCUUUGUAUUUACAAAAUACUAUAUAUUGUAGGUGAGCUUUGCUAAAACAUUGGUAUUGAUUGACUGUCUAAACUUGUAUCUGGACAGGUAAAUUAUUAAAGGGGAAACUGUCUUAAAUUAUUAUUAUUACAACUUCAUAAUAAGUACAGUACUUGCACUCUGACGGAAGGGUGGAGAUACUGUAUUUGGAGAGUCAGCAGAAUAGCGAUGUCAGCAUGCUUCAGGCAAGACAGUGAGUGAAUGAGUGAUGGUGAAUGCAUUUCCUCUUAAGAGUCACCUUACAUUGGGUUAUUCAGUGUUACAGGUGUCUAGAGAGAGAUUUUAAGGAAAGAUUUUGUAUGUUUUUUUUUUUUUUUUUUUUUUUUUUUUUUUUUUUUUGCAGUUUGAUUUAAAAACCGAAUUGUUUUUACAUUAGCUUUAAGUGCUAAACUUCAUAGGGGUCAUGCAGCACCUGGAGCUUGGGAGGCAAUCAAAUUUAAUCCAAGGAAGGAAUGAAUAGCUCCAAUUCCUUGAAUAAAGAACUUGUCUCCAAGAAUCCCUUCCCCUGCUGCCUUUUCAUUGAAAGGGUUAAAAUCAAAUCACAUGAAUGAUCUUUGAUGGGGAAUCACAUGAAACCCUGAAAAUGUAUACCAAAGAUUACACAUUUUUCAUUAAAAACUUUGUCUUCAUAAUAGCUUUUGUUAAUUCAAAAUGUUUAAAUAGCAAUGCCACUAAUAAUGCGAGGAGGAUAAAUAAACUUUUAUGUAAUAUAUUUUAUGUAUCAGGUAGUGAUGUAAGGAAAAUACAAUAAACUGGCAUGUACUGUAUAUAAACCAGGUAUUGUCUGUUGUUUCUUGACUUCUUAAAUAAAGAUAGAAAUUGUA